CUAUUUCGGUCAAUAUAUAUAUAUAUAUUAAUGACUACCACACGAUUUAGCAAACAUACUGGAGUCGUGGACCCGUAGUUGGAGCACGGUGGUUUUGUAUGGAAUGUGCAUUGGUUGCUAGGUAGUGGCUUGUCUAACAUAUGCUGCACGAAUAUGUGCACUGAACUGACUGGAAAGCGAACACGUGUAACUGCUCUCUUCGCUUCGGCGAUAUCGUAUACAUAUGUAUAUACGUAAGUUGUAUAUUUUAAAUGCAUUUAGUUGGCGAAAUUAAUUUAGUAUGAACUAACCAAUGGGACAUUUUCGUUGGGCUAAAUUGUUUAAAUCUCGUAAAUUACUAGAUACUUAGCUAACGUUAACUAACUUGGCUACGAUCGUGGUGGGGAGAGGGACCCGGUCAGUCUUCUUGCCAUUAUUUAGAAAAUGUUUAAAUAAACAUACUUUUAGCGGAUUGGUUGCCUUGCAUAUGUAACGCUAGUUGGCGAAGACUUUUUUAUUUUUUUAUUUAGUAGGCUGUGCAGUCGUAUGAGGUAACGUUAAGCCACGUAGAUGGCGUUCAAUAGCGUGGGGUUACCGGCAAGGCUAGCUGACCCAGUGUCCUAUUUAGUGCGAUCACCAAGGGAGAACACCGUUAUUUGUUACAAUCACGCCUUUUCCUUGGCAAACUCCAACUAACACUAAAAUGUUAACUUUAAAGGAGCACCGAACCAAAUUUAGCCAGCAUGGUUAGAACUUUCCAGCUGUUCGCAUGACGUCAUAUUUAGGGGAAAGAAGGUGCUUGUGCCGGCCCCCAGGGGCGUGGCCCGGAGUGUAAACAUGCAUAAAAGGUUUUGUCUAGUGGAGGGGCACUGGGGUCUUUACUGGUUACCCAGCAGCAACUCUUCUGAUACCGGCAUUGGAUCUACGAUCAGAUAUUACCGUGGCUGCGGAAAGCGCAGUGUAUCGCGUUUUUGUAUUCAGAGUUUAGAAGAUCAACUACUAUUUGCGCUUUCUUUUUUUCCCAUCCAGAUUUCUUCGCGAAAAUGCUUCAGAGUUUUUCUCCGUCCCAUUGCUGGGGCUACGAUGCAGAUGUAGAGCCGUUGUUGUUUGACGAUGAGAUCUGCCAGAUCCUGAUGAAGGAUCUGCAUACCCUACCGACGCCGCCGCAGUCUCCUCCUAUGAAGACUGGACUGGAUAAGCCCCUGUCAAAGGUUGACCAGCUGGAGUUCGUUUCGGAGCUGCUGCUAGAGGAAGACUUUCUGCAACUCAACUGGAACUGCGACCUGCUUCGCAAAGACGGCUACUCGGAAACGGACAGUCUCAAGGACCAGCGGCCGGAAGUUUCCGACGACUGUUUGUGGAACUGUUUGAGUGACAAAUUCACGGAAAAGCUCUCCGGCCCCUUGCUCUCGGACAUUGACACCAGCAUUUUUCAGGAGAUUGCCGGCUCCACGCUCGACUGCCACAGCGCGGCGCUGUUGUGCCAAAAUGAGGACUUGUCCAAGCAAACGGAAUCUUCGGAUAGUAGCUCGCUCUCUGCGACCAGCGACUGUACGGCUAGCGAAUCUUCGGCCAGCGACUCCGAGGAGGAGAUCGACGUGGUGACAGUGAAGAGGCGGGGCCACCCCGCCCACCAGGGGGAGGUCUCGCGACGGUCCCGCCCCUCGGCCACCAAGCGCUGCUUCCUGGAGAUCCAGCAGGACAUCCAGCUGCAGCACAACUACGCGGCACCGCCGCCCCCAUCCCCCCGCCGCGCCGAGGCCCCCAAACGCGCCCGCGCCGACCACCGCUCCCGCCACCACCCCGCCGCCUUGGCCGUCGCCCCCGGCGACCCGGAGGACGAGGAGGAGCGGCGGCGGACGCACAACGUGAUGGAGAGGCAGCGGCGCAACGAGCUGAAGAACUGCUUCCUGCGCCUGCGCGACCACGUGCCCGAGCUCUCCCACAACGACAAGGCCUCCAAGGUGCAGAUCCUCAAGAAGGCCCGCGACGGCAUCCGCGGCCUGGAGGCCGAGACCCUCCGGCUGGGGGCCAGGCGUGACCGGCUCAAGCGGAGGCAGGACCAGCUCAAGGCGCGGCUCGAGCAGCUCCGGAGGUAGUGAGGGGCUCUCUCCACCCGAAACGGGGGCGGAAAGUGCCGGAACUCAUGCCCUCCUCCUCCUCCUCCUCCUCCUCCUCCUCCUCUUUCCCCUGUCCGUAUCGAGACAGGAGGAGUCAAAAGGACUCGUGCCCGAAAAAGAGAGACUUCACACUCAACUACUUCUAGCCACCCGUUAGGUUAGGUGGGAGUUUGUACCUUGUUUCCCACCCCAUAGUUCCUCACAUUGGCAUCCAGCCUGCACAGUGUAUAGUGCUGUUAAGUCUGCACAGAAAGGCCAAAGACCCUUCCAGAGAAACCAGUCUUAAUCUUUGUGUAAAUACAAGUUUGUUAUCAAUUGCUUUAGGAAAAAACAAAAAUUGUUCAAAUUAAUUUUCUUUUCUCUGCUUGAAAAGCGAAGGCCUGGCAUGGUCUUUACACAUUCCUGUGUACACGGUUUAGUUUUUCAAUAUGCUAUUUGUGUUUUUGUUUUAAUUUUAUUUUUUUGGUUCUGCAGCACAUGCAUGUUUGCUAGGACUUUAUUUUUUGGGCUGGACCCAAAGUUUGUAUUCUAAUUGAGGGUCUUGAUAAUGUCCACCAAUCAUCGCACAGUUAACCUGAUACCCGCAGUCCUGCUUGUUCAAAAAAGCGACGUUCUCGGAGGGUUUUGUUUUCUGUAUUAAUUCGUAUGCUAAUGUAUACAUGGUUGGUUAUGAGUUGAGUUUAGCUGCACAUUAUAACAGAAGAAAAAUAUGAACAGGAUUCAGUUGCCUCCGCUUGACCUGUGUUCUUUGUUUUCUACUCUUAAAUUGUGUAUAUUAUGAAGCCAAUGUAAACAUGUUCUAAAAAUUGUGGUCUUGGGUACCCUGUCAAGAAAGUCUGAUUUAGUUUGUUUAAUUAAUGCAUGUGUUGUCUACCUCAACUAGUUUUUUUAUUUUAUUUUAUUUUUAUUUUUGGUCCAGGCCUUCAAUUUGUACAGAGCAUUUUAAAAAUGUUAAUGUAAUAUAAAUUAUUUUAGUAUUUCUAGUUCAUUUUUAAAUAAAGUUCUGUUCUUUAUCAGCA